CUAGUCAGAACGGGUUAGCUCUUUUUAAUCCGGGUUAGCUGUCUGGUGCUGGGCUGUAGCGUUAUGUCUUGGUUGUUGUGCAGGAGGAGGAUGGGCUAGGUAGCCGUUCAGCUCCGUUAGCAUGUUCCAGUUAACCAGCCAGUGUUAUUAACGUUAGUCUCAUUAGCCGGGCUCCGGCUGUUAACUUUACUGCUGUUGUAGUCAACCAACCUGUUACUUGUGUUAUUUUGACACAUAUACCGACCGAGUUGUUCCCGUCAUGUCUCGCGGUGGUCAGACAACAGAGGUUGUUCCUGUGGUGAAAUGUUCCGUUAACGGUUCGGCUGUUUGUAGCCCACGGCUAGUCCGAGCUAACGGAGUCCGAUGUCUUUGUUUCAUCCGCAGCAGGCUGUUUAUGAUGUGAGGGCAGGUUAGCUCUGUUAGCAUAGUUAGAGGGUUAGACUAGACUGUCAAAGGUUUUAGGUUUGUUGGUGUAGCGGGUGUAAACCUAAGAUCAUUUAUCCUAGAUCGGAGAUCCUGCUUCAGUUUAUUUCUGUGACCUGACAGUUGAUUUCGGUUAGAUUUCAGAGUUUGGUUUGAUUUGUUGCUGAUAUGCAGCUGUCAUUGUACUGACCUUCAUCAUCAGCAUCAUAACUAGAGUAAGCUGGUAGAGACACCAGGGCGAUUAUGGCUCUCAGACCAGGCUCAGCAUGCGUCUACCUGCUCAUACUGUCAGGAUGCAUCGCUGCCUCUCAGAGGAAUGACAACGUCUAUGUGUCAGGGAUUUCUAAUGCUUGUGGAGAUGUGGCCGAGCUCCUGCGGGCAUCCAGCGGCAUCAUCACCACCCCUGGGUGGCCCUUUCAGUAUCCAGCCAGACUGAACUGCAGCUGGAACAUCAGAGCCCGGCCAGGAGACACCAUCACCAUCAGUUUCCAGGACUUUGACCUGCAGGGUUCCCAUCGGUGCUCCUCAGACUGGAUGUCCAUCAGUAGCUACAGGAGCCUGGAUGGGCUGAGGGUCUGUGGUUCCUCCCUGCCCCCACCCUACAUCUCUACACAGGACCAUGUCUGGAUCCACUUUCACUCUGAUAACAGUCUGACAGGAAAAGGCUUCAGGCUGUCCUACAUCACUGGUAAGUCAGAUGCAUCCAGCUGUGAUGUGGACCAGUUCCACUGCUCUAAUGGGAAAUGCAUCCCAGACUGGUGGCGCUGCAACUCCAUGAACGAGUGUGGGGACAAUUCAGAUGAGGAGCUUUGUGUGGACUCGCCCUUUUCUUUCCAGCCCUGCAGUCUGAACCAGUUCCCAUGCCUGUCCCGCUACACCCGAAUCUACACCUGCCUUCCGCACAGCCUGCGAUGUGAUGGCAGCAUCGACUGCCAGGACCUUGGUGAUGAGAUCGACUGUGACGUUCCCACCUGUGGUGAAUGGUUGAGGAACUUCUACGGCUCCUUCAGCUCACCAAACUACCCUGACUUCUACCCUCCAGGAAGUAACUGCACCUGGCUGAUCGACACUGGAGACCACAGAAAGGUCAUUUUGAGGUUUACAGACUUUAAGCUCGAUGGGACAGGUUAUGGCGAUUAUGUGAAGGUCUAUGACGGCCUGGAGGAGAACCCUCGGCGUCUUCUGAGGGUACUGACCGCCUUUGACUCCAGGGCGCCGGUCGCUGUGGUUUCAUCAUCUGGUCAACUCCGAGUCCACUUCUAUGCUGACAAGAUCAAUGCUGCCAGAGGGUUCAAUGUCACCUACCAGGUGGAUGGGUUCUGCCUUCCCUGGGAGAUUCCUUGUGGGGGGAACUGGGGCUGUUACACUGAGCAGCAGCGCUGUGACGGGUACUGGCACUGUCCAAAUGGUCGCGACGAGCUGAACUGUUCUUCGUGUCAGGAAGACGAGUUCCCCUGCUCCAGAAAUGGAGCCUGUUACCCUCGAUCGGACCGCUGCAACUACCAGAACCGCUGCCCCAAUGGUUCGGAUGAGAAAAACUGCUUCUUCUGUCAGCCUGGGAACUUCCACUGCAAGAAUAAUCGCUGUGUGUUUGAGUCAUGGGUUUGCGACGCUCAGGACGAUUGCGGUGAUGGCAGCGAUGAGGAGAGUUGUCCCGUUAUUGUUCCCACCAGAGUCAUCACCGCCGCAGUCAUCGGCAGCCUAAUCUGUGGCCUCCUGUUGGUCAUCGCCCUCGGCUGCACCUGUAAACUCUACUCACUGCGCAUGUUCGAACGCAGGUCAUUUGAAACCCAGCUGUCCAGAGUGGAGGCGGAGCUACUGAGGAGGGAAGCUCCACCCUCUUAUGGUCAGCUGAUUGCCCAGGGACUGAUCCCACCUGUGGAGGAUUUCCCAGUGUGCUCUGGGAACCAGGCAUCUGUCCUGGAAAACCUCCGUCUGGCUGUUCGCUCUCAACUUGGCUUCACCUCCCUCAGACUUCCCUCCUCUGGUCGCCAUGGUAACCUGUGGCGUCGACUCUUCACCCUCUCACGGUCGCGACGGUCUGGUUCUUUGGCCCUGAUCUCUGCUGACCUGGAGGACAGUGCUGUAAAUGGGAGCAACGGGAGUUCUGGUUCAGACAUGCUGUCUCCAGACUCAGAUGACACGGACACUGAGGGCGACAGAGGGAGGGAGCGAGGCGUGGGUGCGGUGGGUGGACCCAUUGCUUCCCUCCCCCAGAAGACUGCACCUUCUACUGUCGUGGAGGCUUUGGUAUCCGUGACAUCGGCAACCUCUAUGACCCCAAUGUCAGGCAGAAACAGAGGUCAUGACCACCCCAGAGAGGCCCCACCCCCUCCUAGCCCCAUCACUGUGGUAACAUCCAGUCCACGCCCUGAAUGUCAUAGCCAUAUCCCAGCACUCCAGGCCCUGCCCACCUCCACCCUGCAGCGCCUCGCUCAUAACCUGCAGCGCCUGGCCAAGAACCUGACCAGAACCACGCAGAACCAUCAGACCUGGACAAAUCACAGCCCACUUCGCCAGCUGGAGGCAGGAAGAGGCGGGGCUGAGGUUGGUGAGCAACGAGGGAGCAGAGAAGGAGAAGAAGAAGAAGAAGAAGAAGAUGUGGAGCUUCUGAUCCCUGUGUCUGACUCUGACUCUUCCUCCUCGUGCCUAUUGGUCAGUGAUGUACAACAACCGCUACUGGAGCCACACCCCACCACCAUGGCAAGACAUACCCCCCAUCAUCAUCAUAAAAAUGCUGGUCAGGCAGGGCAAGACGGCCCAUGUGAACACUGUGGGAUGGUUCACACAGCUCAGAUCCCCGACACCUGUCUAGAGGCCACAGGCAAGAUGGAGAGCAGCGACGAUGAGCUCCUGCUGCUCUGCUAAUAUGCUAACUCGCCAGGCUAAUAGUUCAAAUACUACACCCACCAUUAGCCAACAUGCUACUCUUCUAAAAAUUACCCUGUUACACCUCAGUUAGCUAACAUGCUAACUGGCUGGCUAACACUGUCCUGACCCUGCACUCAGGGGUUCAGAGAGCUAACCAAUAUACAGACUGAACUACACCUAGCCAAAAUCUAACUCCUGUUAGCAUGUUAGCUGGACUAAAGGUUAGCCCUCACCUGGUUUUGGCAUCAAGUGAUCACUCGACCAAUCAGACUUAGGGGACGGAUUGGAUUCUGAUGUUGGUACGACCAUGAAAAGUCUCCCCGUCAUUCCUGUCCAUCUGUUAAAAUGCUCCCUUCCUUGCAGGUGGAUAUCCAGCUUGUUGGUACGACUUCAUGAACACUGACUUCCUGCUCAUUGGUACGACUCUAGACUGAAUCCUGACAGAACAAACUGAUGGUUCCCUGUUGACGAGACUACUGAUUUCUGAUCUGAGCUAGGAACCUUUUCUGCCUUCAAACCAUGGGUAUUUUGUUGCUGGCCGGAUGCAGCAGUUUAAAUGGUCCCUUCAUUUCCUCCUGCUGUUUGUUGAGUCUGUUGAGGGACCGCUAUGAAUCAUGAGAGUCAUUUGACCAGUGGAGUUGGCCAAAGAUAGCUGCUAGCACGCAAAUUUUUGGUAGUGUUCCUAGGGAAGUCGGUUCUUAAUAAGGCUAUGUUAGGUAAACGGUUUAUAUGGCAGAAUAAUGUGAAUUCAGAGAUGCUUUUUUUUUUUUUUAGCUUUCAACCAUGUUAGCCUUGAGUUGCACUAAUAGAUACACCGUUUACUUUGACUACAAGUAUAUUUACAAUAUACUUUAUAUACGUAUACAGCAUUACAUAUACACACACACGUGUAUGUGUAUAUAUAGAGAGAGAGAGAAAUACACACACCGCUGAAGUGUAGCUUGAUAAGGCAGACAAAUCUAGUUGAUAUAUACACGCCCAAUUGUUGAGUCUCCAAAUGAAUAAUCAUGUGCAGCAGCAAGCAAUGUUGUUUUACACAUUUUCAUGUGUGUUGAUCUUGAAAAUGAAGUAAAGCACCACAAAACUAAAUUCAGUAAUACUUGUAUGUUGUAAAAAAAAA